GCCAGCUAUGAUAAUCUUGCUAUGUACUCCCUCCUUCGUGUUAGUGUAUGGCUGUUGGAGCGCAUAUCUUAGUUGUGUUAAGGUAUAAUGUUAUAAUGUAGGUAGCUAUGCAUGGGUUCUGAUGAGCCGUGUGAAGAAUUUUCUUUUAUGAGGCCCCUAGUCUUUACUGAAGCAUAAGGACGACAACGCAGCAUAAUACCUACAAGGGAUAUAUGCUAAAAAACUGGAUACGCAACUUGGAUGGGGCGAGACGCAGGCGGAACACUGCCCCAUAGGCUGGGCACCAGCGCAGAGCUGGGUCGUUGGCCUGAACAUAUAACUUGCGGAGAGCCGCCGUUCUUGGCUUCGACUUGGUUUGUGCAUCCACAGCAUUCCUAUCUUCUGCGAUCGUGGGAGACGAUCGUCGACUAGCUAAGUAGGAUCUCAAAAAAAGCUUGUUGCAAUUCCGAGAUGUCCCAUCACGAUCUUGACUACGCCAGCCGACGGUUGCAGUUAGUGGGUUCCCGAGUGGUGGAGGCCGAGGACGCUGGUCACCGAGUUAUUCCUACGCAGCAUCACCAUCACCAUUCUCACUCUCGCUCUUACGAUGACACGGAAGAGUCAAGUCCUGAAAAGGGGAGGCAUCAUACACCGAAAUUCCUCAAGACUCACUCAGCUACAAAUUUUGAGCUAUUCUACGACUUGUGGUUUGUAGCCAAUCUGAAUGUCUUCACUAGCAAACAUGACAUCUCGGACAUAUCGAAGUUCUUGUCUUUUAUCGGAUACAUCGUUCUCUUAUGGACAACAUGGCUAUUAACUACCCUCUACGACGUACGGUUCACUGCCGACAGCGUGUGGGAACGCUGCUGCAAGGCUAUUCACUUAGGGGUCAUGAUAGGAUUUGCCGAGAUUGGAGCCGCCUUCGACCCAAACGACCAGAUUGUAUCAGUAUUUAGGGCGAUGUCGCUGUUCCUUGCCGUUUCUCGUUUCGUCCUUGCUUUGCAGUACGGGAUGGUCACGUUCCAGAUUCGCAAGUAUGCCCACGGCAAACGUGCUAUGUUCAUCACCGCCGUUCUCCAUUUCAUCGCCGCUGCGAUAUACUUCGGUGUCUCGUUUAGGUAUAACUUAGGCAAGACGAGUCGUGUUUUCCUCGUCUGGUAUAUUGGUGGUGGUGUCGAGAUGGCUCUUCACCUACGCAUCUCCCAGUUGUCCCAUGUUCUAACAUUCCUUGGUACACAUCUGGGUGAGAGGUUAAACCUCCUCACCCUAGUCAUUCUCGGAGAAGGUUGUAUAAUUCUGGCCAAGAGUAUUACUCUCUUGGUGAAAGAUACUUACCUCAAGGAUUCCAGUUACUCGAUGUGGAGUUCGACUCUCAUCGGUCUCGUUGCCGCUGGUACUGCAUUGAUAUACAUCAUUUUCCAGCUUUACUUCGACUGGAUGCAUGACGAACAUUCAAUGUCCAGACGGCAUCAAGUCUUAUGGACAGCGGUGCAUUUACCCUUCCAUAUCGCCCUUACCCUUCUUGUUGAAGGCGCAAACCAGUUUAUUGUCUGGGCCCGUAUCCUCGAAACUUCCAACGCAGCUCUCUCAAAGGUAGUCAAUCUUCAGACCCAGUUCGUAGACAUGACGUCCGAAGAGGUUUCCGAAAAGCUUGCGAGCGUGAUUCAACCGUUCCUUGAGAAAUACCAACCCGCUGAUGUCCUUGAAACGAUGGAUUCCGUGAAUGAAACUCUGGAGCACAUUGCCGAUAUGCCCAACUCAUUCUGGAAAGAGGAUUCCCACCCGGAUAAUUCGACGCUGGCUCAUUACCAAAACGAUCUGAUAGACUUGAUGAACACGAUGCUCAAUGCUGUCUACAAUGCUUUUGAAAUUGAUCCAGCUGAAGGGGAAGAGGAUGGCCCCAAGCCCGAGUUCUGGCAAUCUGAAGCAGCGGUAGCGGUCGCCAAAAGGUUUAGAUUAGUUUAUAUUUAUGCUUUUGCAUGCGCUGGCAUUGUCCUGCUCAUUUUAACUAUUAUGCACAUCAUCUCUAAACGAAGAGGAUGGACGCCUUUCAAUAUUCUCAGAACUCUCGUCUGCAUUUCGAUUUCCAUCGUCCUGGCACUUCUUACUCUAGUAGUAGCCAACCAAGAUGCUGUAUUCAGAGGCGACAGGCGCACGGCAUUCUACGGAAGCUCCUGGAUGUUGCCAACGAUUACAAUCAGUUAUUUCGUUGUUCUUGUCCUAACGCAUCUGCCACACCCAUCCGGAUUCUGGAUGGGAAGCUUUAGAAAAGGGACAUAUAAGGCAGUUCAAGUGCCAAGGGGUCCUAAGGGGGUUCAGACCCCACCACCUUUACGGAACAACCAUCACCUCAUGGACUAUGAAGAGGGACGAGUCGAAUCCUCGUCGGGUGAAUACGAUGUAAUAACUCCACCUCUUCCACGAUACGAAGAACACAGAGCAAGGGAAGCACGAAGACAAAGACGUAGUCAAGAGAGGCGAAGCCAUGAUCCAAACUCUCGUGGGCAGCGGCGCGGAUAUGAGUAGGGCAGUUCAUAAAGCUGCGGAUGAUGAUUGGUUAUGCAUAAGUUAAGUGUUGACGAUUAUAUAUGGUGUAUGUGGUUGAUAGGUAAAUUGUCUUGAUUUAAAGAACCUUAGCAAGUGGUUAGGGGUUUUGGUUCUCUACGGCGUCCUUUGGGUAACAAGUCUUUGACAUGGCGUUAUGGAUUUAAAAGGCAGCGCCAAGUUGGAUUACAAUAGGGUUAUUUUACCAUAUACUAUAGCUAGUCUCGACGCUGUAUAUAUCGAAACACGAUAGGUGCUACGACGACGUAAAUAGGAGGCUAAUAUUAGCCUUUCAAUGCAUACUAAGACAACUCGUAUUCAUGCAA